AAAGAUGCAUGAUGUGCAGCAACUUUACAGUUGGGUUCACCUAAAAAAUAACUUUACAGUCGGUUGGUGGGUUAAUUAUAUUCAUUCACGUAUGGAAUAAUAUAUGUACCUUUGGUUCUUCCAUGCCAUCUUUGGGAAAAGAUUAUAUUAGUCUAUGAUAUUUAAAUUAAAAGCUUAGUCUUAUAUAUUAGCUACGUGUCAAAUUUUAAUUAUCUUGUAUAUUUUUGGAACCUUAGUUAAUAUGUUCUAAUGUUAUUUACCUAGAAUCUAGUAUAUGGAAUAAUCCAAUAUGUCAUAAUAGACUUUGCAGGUUGUAUGCAGUCAAAAUUGAGAUUUAAAUUUUAAAAUUCGACCAUCUUAUGAUUUUACUUACCUGUUCCGAUCUGAAUUUUACUAUCAAAAUUUUAAAAUCUUACAAUUUUACAAUUCAAAUUCUUUGGGUCAAUUUUACUUAUUUUUCCCAUAAUUUACAAAAUUAUGCAUCUUUUCCUUCUCCUCCACCAACAUCAUCUACUUCUCUUACACUAACCAUCAUAUAUUCACAUCCAACAUAUUAAUCAUUAUCGAUUCACCACUUUCCAACAUUAACCUUAAUAAAUUGGAAAAUUAACUUUGAGAAAUUAUCAUUGUAAGUAUUAUGUGUUUUUGUGUUAUUUAUGUUUUUUUUAUUAAUAUUAUUCCAUCUUUGUUUAUAUGGUCCUUAAAAUCCUACGAUUUUAAGAUUAAGAUUUUCCCCCAUUUUUGAUUUUACGUAAAAUCUCAAUUUUGACUACUAUGAUUGUAUGUAUGGAAUUUUAUUCUACUCUCGAUAUUUGAGGUUGUGGAAUGGUUCCUCUAAAGAUAAAAUGGAUUACCUAACCGGACUAGCGGUACUUCAAACAAGAGAAUCUGGCAUUCUACAUUUCAGGUAAAAGUUGAUAAUAACGAUUAUUAAACAUUUGAUAAUGAAAACUAUAUGUGCACACAUGACAUGACGUUCCUAAUUAAUGAAAACUUGGCAAAUAUAAUCACAAACAAGUCUAAUAAACAAUUAAUGACAACAUUUUGGGAGCUCAUUACUAAUGGUAUCAAUAAUGAUAAAGUUGUGAAUUAAUGACAUUGUGAAUCAUUAGUAUAAAUGUUGUAAAUCAAUGAUUCAUUCAUAAACUUUGAUGAUGAAAAUGUAAAACAGUAACGAUUGAUUCAAAAUUCUUAGUAAUAUAAUUGUAAAGAAUCGAUACGUAUAUUGUAAUCGUUAAUAAUGAUAAGGUAUAGUAAUAAUGAUUUAUUUCAUAUACGUUAAUAAUGUCAUUGCAAAACGUUAAUACUACAUUGGAAGUUGUCACGAAGUGAGAGAUCAGAUUUUUAAUAAUUUCUAUUUUAAAGAGGGGAAAAUUAUUAAGUUCAAAUUUUAUUAAAUAUUAAUAUUUAACUAAAUUAAUUUCGGGUUUCCUUUUAAUUGUAGCGGAGAGAAUCUUACAAAAUAAAAUUGUAGUGGAGAGAGAGGGUUAUGAAGAAAGUUAUGGGAGGAAUCAAUAAUUUAUUCAUAAACUUUGAUGAUGAAAAUGUAAAACAGUAACAAUUGAUUCAAAAUUCUUAGUAAUAUAAUUGUAAAGAAUCGAUACGUAUAUUGUAAUCGUUAAUAAUGAUAAGGUAUAGUAAUAAUGAUUUAUUUCAUAUACGUUGAUAAUGUCAUUGCAAAACGUUAAUACUACAUUGGAAGUUGUCACGAAGUGAGAGAGCAGAUUUUUAAUAAUUUCUAUUUUAAAAAGGGGAAAUUAUUAAGUUAAAAUUUUAUUAAAUAUUAAUAUUUAACUAUAUUAAUUUCGGGUUUCCUUUUAAUUGUAGCGGAGAGAAUCUUACAAAAUAAAAUUGUAGUGGAGAGAGAGGGUUAUGAAGAAAGUUAUGGGAAGAAAGAGAAUGAAAAUAAUCAAUUAUUAAUAUUAAUUACGUUUGCAAUAUCAAUACCCUAUUUAUCCUCAACUACCUAUUAACUACUAACCCCUUAUUAACUACUUAAUCCACUAUCAACCAAUAAAAUGACUUAAGACAAUAUGCUUAAACUUUUGGGCUUAAGCACAGAAACCCAAGCCGGUGGGUAGGGUAUCUCGUGUUUUUUAGUUUUUUAAAAUUUCGAAAGCAGCUUUGUUUAACAAUUAAUUUCUAUCUAAAUUUUUUUAGUAAUCCCACCAAUUAUACUAUUUGAAACCACAAUAUAUAAUUUCAAUAACUCAAUUUAUCUAGAGAAAACCAAAGAAAUCUGUAUACAAAGUUAGCUUUACAAACUUUGAAGCCUUUCCCACCAUAUUAUUAUACCAUACACUACAGAACCAUACUUUUCCAAGAACAUAUCGUUUUCAAAUGAGCUCUCACACACACAUAUAUACAUCCUCUUUCUCUUAGCUAGCUAGCUAGCUAGCUAGAAUAUGUACUUCCCGAUCUCAUUUGCUAUCUCUUUCCAACAAAAAAAACAAAACAAAAGAUUCCUUACGGUGGGAGGCAGCUUCAGGGAGGCUUCACCAGUUCUAAUGAGUUGGUAUUGUGUUUUUGUGUGAGCAUACAUUUGAAGAUUCCUUAAGAUGUAUACAAAUAACUGAUCUCGUCCUUUCAAGUUCCACACUUUUCGUUCACAUAGGACAACGAACCGAAAGAAAAAAUCAACAUAAUUUUGAUCCGAUACACGUUAUGAAACUGGCUGGUUUUGGGUUUGAACGUCUCACGAACUCGCCGUUUGUUAUCCUUAGAACUCACAUACCUUAUACGGAAAAAGUAAGGAAUUUAGUGGCUUAAGAAAGAAAUCCAAAUCAAAAGAGACAAAAGAACAAAACAUAAUAGCUAUCUAUAGAUUCCCUUCAAUCUUUCUCAAGACUAAUACCAGAGACACAAGAAUUCAAUACUGAGUGAUGGGAACAAAUGUACCCCAACCAAACAAUCCCUUACAUAAAAAUCCCAUUCCCCAUCCUCCAGGACUUCCCAUUCUGUAUGCAAAAAUUCAGAGCAUUCAAACCAAAAUGGAACCCUCCAUGGUCCCCACCUUACCCUAUACACCAAUCAAACCAAACAUGCCCUUAAUCAAUUCACUACAUUAUAAUCCUCAUCCUACGUGGAUUGUGGAAUACUCUCCCUAUAAAUACCCUCCCUCCCUUUCCCAAACCUUCUCAACUCAUCUCUCUCUAGCUCGCAGUUCAUACUAUACUCCCAACUCUGAGAGUAAAAACUCACUUCUGAUAAGCACAAAACGACAUAGCUAGAUGUCGGGAGUGUGGGUGUUCAAGAACGGCGUCCUACGGUUGGUGGAGAACCCAACAAACGAGUCGUCGUCGUCGGGGGCUCGAGCGAGGAAGGUGCUGGUGCACGUGCCGAGCAACGAUGUGAUAACGUCGUACGCGGUGCUGGAGCGGAAGCUGUCUGAGCUCGGGUGGGAGAGGUACUACGACGACCCGGACCUGCUCCAGUUCCACAAGAGGUCGACAGUCCACCUCAUCAGUCUCCCUAGGGACUUCAACAGGCUCAAGCCCAUGCACAUGUACGACAUCGUCGUCAAGAACCGCAACAUGUUCGAGGUCCGCGACCUAUGAUCAUCGUCGUCAUCGACAUCUUUCUUCUCUUUCUGGUUGGUAAAUGGUUUGGAUUAAUGAAUCGUUAUGUGUUGUAAGAUUAGGCUUUGUUAAUGGGUGUAUGCUUGACUUUUUGUUUUUUUGGCUUUGAUUUAAGGUUACAAGGUUAAUUCGUAGUGGGUACUCUAAUGUGGUUUUGUUGUUAAUUGUGUGUUUGGUAGAGGAUUUUGCUCUUUUCUUUUGGGCAAGGUGUGUUGUUGUGAAUGAAUAAUCUAGUGGUGGUUUUUUCAUUGAUUUGUGUAUUCUCUUUUUUCGUAUAUUUAAUGAAUCUUAAUAACUCAAAAAGUCGGAUAGCAAACUUCGAGUUGAUCCUCAUUCCUCAAAAUACUUGUAAAUAGAACUUUAAUUAGUUAAUUCGUCCUUAAUGUCCAUGUAAUGUUACCUCGUCAUCAUUUCUAAACAAUUUUCAUUAUAACGAGUGUAUAGAAUGAGGACAAUCAUGUUGGAAAUUUGGUUAAAUCGGACUAACCAAGUCAAACCGGUUUUGGAUUGAACAGAUUAAUCGGUUGGGAUUAGACCGACCGAACAGAUAUUCUAAUUCCGUGAAGGGACACAUCCCUUUGGCCUAGUGGCGGUUGCAUUAUUUUAUGGAUAAGAAUAACCUUAUGGAUAAAGACAACAUUUCAUAUGGAUAAAGACAACCUUUCGUAUGGAUAAAGGCAACCUUUCAUGAAACAAUGCAUGAAUUCGGCCCUUAUAAAUAUGUAUAUGGGGUGGAUGAUACAACAUACCAUAAAAACAUAUUCUUCUUCUUUCUUCCAAAAAUUUCUAAGUAUGCUUUAGUGUUCUUGAGCCUAGAACCUAAAGUGGUGAUAGUUUUAUCCUCGGGAGAAAUUUCAUGUACCCCAAGGCUUUGUAGAGGAUGGAAAUAUUCUUUUCGGAAAGUGAACGUAGCUCACGGCUCUAUCACAAUCCUGGUCACCCAGUCUCGGGCUAUCGUACGUGUACCCUUGUCGCAAAAGUCCCAACAAAUCACGACUGCACUCUUCACUAAAUAUACGUUUGUGUAUGUCCACUACUUAUAUGCAAGGUUAACUAGCAUACCCUAGUUAAUUUUAGAACACAAAGGAUGAGAGAAACUUAGCUUAUAACUGUAUGGGGAUGGUUAGGGUUAGAAGUUUGGUACCGGUAUUUGGGAUAUACCGAAUAUCGUACCGAAUUUGUCUAUAUUUUGUAUUACCGAAUACACGUAUUAUUUUGUGGAUUGGGAUUGAGAUUGAGUUUCAAUUGUUAUUCGAUAUUAGGGAUUACGUGAUUGGGAUCAGUAUAUACCGAAAUACCGAUCAAUAUCAAAAUAUAAGCUAUUGUGUAUUUUAUUCUCUCAACUACACUCUUUCAUUCACUACUACGCGACCCUCAAGCACUAAGAGUGUCAUUUAGUUAUACAUAGAUCAUUCCUUCGUUAUUUCACACUAGUAUUAGUCGUCUCUCAACCUCUAAUUUGUCAAAUUAAAGAUUACCAUUUACAAGAGCUUGAGAUGUUAGCUCUAGGCAACUAAAAACUCUUUGCUUAGUCUCUUUGUCGUAAAUUAAACAAUACGAUCUCAUUUAUAUAUUUAAUUAUUAAUUGCAAAGGUAAUUAAUUUUGUAUUCGAUAAUACCGAUUGGGAUACCGAGGUACCAAUUGGGAUACCGAAAUUAUUUAGGGAUUGAGAUUGAGAUUGAUUUUAGAAUGUAAUUCGAUAUUCGGGAUUUUGGUAUUUGGUAUUGUGAUACCGAUACCGUACCUAUUUCCAUCCCUAAAUGGUAUAGAAAAAAGUGGUGGGUGGUAG